AAGUGAAUAAUAUUGAAAAUGAUUAUAAAAUAUUUUUGAAGUCUAUAAAAGAAAUAGAGAAAGAACUUUUGGAUAAGAUAAGCAAAGAUAAAAGAAUUUUUGAUAAUCUAGUCAAAAUAAUUGAUUUACCUGUUUUACAUGAAAUAAUAAUAAAGGAAUAUUACUGGAGGUUUUACAAAAAAACCAUAGAGAGUAUGAAUAUUAGAGAGGGUAUUAAUGUUUGUAUAGUUGAAGAUCCUAGUAUUAGCAAGAAUAUGCAUGUCAGAUACAUUCUCAUACCAUAUUUACUUUCAGAAAAGUCUCAUCUGACCAUAGCUGUUGUUAAAGACGAAGAGUCAGGUGAUUUUACCAUAGAAGGAAUCUGCGCUAUUGAUGAAUUUGAUAAAAUGGAUAUUUCUGAUCAAAUUGCCAUCAUGAAGCUAUGGAAUAGUAGACAAUCUCUAUCGCAAAAGCUGGAAUUUAUAUGA